AUGCCUCCUCGUGUGCGUGCUGUGCGCCGGCCAUCCUCCGGCGUGCUGCCGUGCGCAGCCGCUCCCUGUGUGCCCCAUGGUCCGGCCGCGUCUAGCGCGCGCCCUGCCGCGCUGCCCCUCCCGCUGAUACAACUGCUGGCCGCGGUUGCAGCUGCUCGCGUCGCCGCCUCCCCAUGCCCGUGUGUCACUGCUGCUGUCUGCUACGGCUCCGCGCCCGUGCGUCCGCUCACCGCUGCGUCUCGGCCGCGCAGCUCGUCUCGUCCCCUGCGCCUCUGCGAACUCGCCGCGGUCAGCCCCGCUCAGGCCCGCGCGCGCCCGCCUGCCUUUGGCCGCGGCCGCCCUUGCCAUCCACCGCUGCCAGCAGCCCACCUAGCACCGCCAUUCCCCACUGUUGGCGAAGCUCUGCUCCCAGCGCGUCGCCGUUCCCGGCCGUGCCCUGCUCCCCUCCCCAGCCGCGCCCACCUCUGCUUCGCGCCCCGCCUGCGCUGCUGCGCCCUGCUGCCGCCGCCACGAGCUGUCGCUGCCGCCUCGCCCCCGUGCCCGGCCACUGUCCGCGUCCGCCGCCCCGCGCCCGCUCCUCCUGCCCGCCGCACGCGCUCGCCGUUGCCGCUGCGCGCGCCUCCUCUGGUCGCUCUGCGCUGCCGCUCCCCGCGCAGCACCAUCGCCCCGCGCCGCCCCUGCGCCCGCCUCCGCCUGCCGCGGCCGGCCGGCGAGCCCCGCCGUGGCCACGGCCUCGCCCCCUCGCGUGGUGGGCGCCUGGGUGCGCCCCGCCCCAGCGCCCACACCCAUGUGCCCGAUAACCCGCCCCGCUAG